AUGUCGAUUCCCAACGAAGCGCUGCACAAGCUCGCCCGCGAGAUCGAGGCGCAGGCGGCGGUCGCCCAGCAGCAGAUCGGACUGGCCCGCACGCAGAUGACGUCGAAACAGCGGGAGCAACGUCUGGUGCGACUGACGCUCAGCGAGCUCGCCGGCCUAUCCGAUGACGCCGUCGUCUACGAAGGCGUGGGCAAGAUGUUCUCGUCUGUGCCGCUGCCGGACCUGCGUCACAAACUCGAGGGGCAGACGAAGGAACUCGAGAGCGACGUGACCAAGCUCAACCAGCGGCUACUGUAUCUCGAGACAACGCACAAGAACAGCCGCGAGCACAUUGAGCAGAUGCUGCGUGGCCGCUGA